AUGGCCUCUAGCGCUAAGCGUAGAUUGAUGCUGGAUUUGCAAAAGUUGCAGGAGAAUCUACCGGAAACGAUUUGUGCUAGUCCAAUAGAUGACGAUAUAUUUAACUGGCAAGCCGUUAUAUUAGGUCCAGAAAACACAGAGUGGCAGGGAGGAAUUUUUUCAUUAUCACUGACAUUUCUAAACGACUAUCCAAACAAGCCUCCAAAGGUCAAGUUUUUGACAAAGAUAUUCCAUCCAAACGUAUACCAAGACGGAAGUAUAUGCUUGGACAUUCUUCAGACAGAGUGGAGCCCAGUAUUUGACGUUUCUGGUCUACUUAUUUCCAUACAGUCUCUACUCAACGACCCCAAUCCAAAGAGUCCGGCGAAUAAUGAAGCUGCAAUGCUAUUUGUAGAAAAUCGCAGUGAAUAUAUAAGAAGAGUUAAAUUGGCUGUAUCUGAGAGCAUAGUUACCGCAGAAGCAUCACUAAAUACCACGGAACAAAUUUAA